GGUUGUUUGGCUCUAGAAAAAGUGAUCGUUCUGAAUCAAAAUAACGCGAAGCAGCGAAAAUGCCGCCGCGUUUGAAGCUAAUAGAAGUGGAGAACUUCAAGUCCUAUAAGGGUAGACGUAGAAUAGGACCAUUGAAACCGUUCAUUGCGGUUAUCGGCCCCAAUGGAUCAGGAAAAUCCAAUUUCAUGGACGCCAUCAGUUUCGUUAUGGGCGAGAAGACGCAAAGUUUACGUGUCAAGAGGUUAAGCGACUUGAUACAUGGAGCUGCUAUCAGCAAACCCAUAUCCCGAAGUGCGUCUGUUACUGCUGUGUUUGUCAUGGAUGAUGGCACUGAAAAGAGUUUUCAAAGGUCUGUUCAUGGGUCAUCAUCUGAAUACAGAAUUGAUGGACAUAUCGUGGCAAACAAUGAGUAUUUAUCUGAAUUGGAGAAACUCAGAAUAAAUGUAAAGGCCAAGAACUUCUUGGUAUUCCAAGGUGCUGUGGAAUCUGUUGCCAUGAAAAAUCCCAAAGAAAUGACGGCUCUUUUUGAAGAAAUCAGCGGAUCUGGCGCAUUGAAAGAGGAAUACGAAAAACUGAAGCAUCAAAUGCAAAAAGCACAGGAAGAUGUAAAUUUCGCCUACCAAAAGAAAAAGGGCAUUAACGCCGAGAAAAAGGAGGCCCGAAUGGAAAAAGAGGAAGCAGACAAAUACGCCAGAUUGAAGGACGAUUUGAACGACAAGUUAGUAGAACAUCAACUGUACAAGCUGUACCACAAUGAGAGGGAGAUGAAUCAAUUGGAAGUAGAAUUGAAGAGCAAACAAAAGGAAGUAGAGAAAAUCGAGAAGAAAAAGGAAAAGGCUGAAGAAACGCUGAAGAACAUAAAAAAAGAGCAGGGAAAGUUCAACCGCGAACUGGCUAAAAUCGAACAGGACAUCCGUGAAGUUGAAGUGGACAUCUCUAAGAAGCGUCCGCAGUUCAUCAAGGCGAAGGAACGCGUCACGCACAUGCAAAAGAAACUGGACAGUGCGAUUAAAACGUUGGAGCAGGCUCGUAAGGCACACGAAGCACAUAUGAACGACAUUAGAAAGCUGGAGAACGAGCUCGAAGAAGUGGAAAAGGCAAAGGAGGAGUACGAGGCUCAGAUUGCUGGAGAAUCGCAGAGUCAGGGUAGAGACAUCCAUUUGGAAGACGCGCAGGUCAAGGAGUAUCACCGAUUGAAGGAGGAGGCCGCCAAAAGAUCUGCCAGAUACAUGCAGGAGUUGGAUUCUGUCAACAGAGAACAGAAGUCCGAUCAAGAUAGAUUGGAUAACGUGCAACAUAUGAGAACUGAUGCAGAGAACAAGCACAGACAGAAGUGCCAUGAGAAGGAAGAAAUGGAAAAACGUAUUGAAAAAUUGGCCGAACACAUCAGAUCGAGUGAACAGGCCUUGAAUGAACAGAAUAAAAAUUUAAAUGACUUGCAGUCUGUAGUUGGUUCUUCCAAGGAUCGCGUAACUGAGAUCCAAAAGCAACUGGAUGACGUACAGGAGCAGCUGGGAGAUGCUCGUACCGACAAGCACGAAGAUACUCGCAGGAAGAAAAAGCAAGAAAUCGUUGAGCGAUUCAAAUCUUACUACCCUGGAGUUUAUGAUAGAAUGAUCAACAUGUGUCAGCCCAUACACAAACGGUACAACGUUGCCAUCACCAAAGUUUUGGGUAAAUACAUGGAAGCCAUAGUUGUUGACACAGAACACACUGGUAGGCAAUGCAUCAAGUACCUUAAAGAACAGCGUUUGGACCCAGAGACAUUUUUACCUCUGGACUAUCUCCAGACAAAACCGUUGAAGGACCGUUUACGUAACAUUACCGAACCAAAAGGUGUGAAACUUAUUUACGAUGUCCUUCAGUUUGAGCCAGCAGCUAUCGCUAAAGCAGUAAUGUUCGCCACAAACAAUGCGCUGGUUUGCGAAACGCCAGAAGACGCCAUGAAAGUCGCCUAUGAACUCGGAAGCAGGUUCGACGCUGUCGCCUUGGACGGCACCUACUAUCAAAAGUCCGGAAUCAUUUCCGGAGGUAGUUUAGAUUUGGCCCGGAAGGCCAAGCGUUGGGACGAGAAGCACAUGGCCCAAUUGAAGAACCAGAAGGAAAAGCUGACCGAAGAGCUGCGUGAAGCGAUGAAGAAGUCCAGAAAGGAGUCCGAGUUGAACACAGUGUUGUCUCAAAUACGCGGUCUCGAAACCCGAUUGAGGUACAACAAGACCGACAUGGAGAGCACCAAGAAACACAUUGCGAACGUCGAGAGUGAAUUGCAGAAACUGUCGGACGAGAUGACUCGUUACGGACCUCAGAUAGAGGAAAUCGAAAAGACCAUGCAGACACGCGAGCUUCAAAUCGAGGAAAUCAAGCUGAAGAUGAACAGCGUCGAGGACGUGGUGUUCUCUAAAUUCUGUCAGGAAAUCGGUGUUCGCAACAUCAGACAGUACGAAGACCGUGAACUGCGUGCGCAAGAGGAACGCAAACAAAAACGCUUGGAAUUCGAAAAGCAGAUCAACAGGAUCACCAGCAAUUUGGAAUUCGAGCGCAGUCGCGACACCCAAAACAAUGUGGGACGUUGGGAGCGCACCGUCAACGAUGAAGAAGAAAAACUCGAGACGGGCAAAAAGCAAGAACAAAAACAACGCGACGAAAUCGAGAAGGAUCAGCAGCAAGUGGAGAUGCUGAAGGCUCAGAGAUUGAGGAAGAAACAGGAGGUGGACGGUAUGGAGGAAGACGUUGGAAAAGCCAGACGCGACGUCGGCGCCAUAGCCAAGGAUUUGCAGAGUUGCCAAAAGAAUUUGGUUGCACUGGAAGGUAAAAUUGAAAGCAAGAAGAGUGAACGUCACAACGUACUUAUGACGUGCAAGUUGGACAACAUCGCUAUUCCAAUGAUAGUGGGAAACAUGGAGGAUAUAAUGGCUUCAGAUCCACAAUCUCAGUCGUCCAGUGAUACGAACAGUACCACAGUCCAGUACGAAAAAGAAUCCCGCAUUAAAAUCGACUACAACAUGUUGAGCGAGACUUACAGGGAUCUGGAUGACAAGGAGGAUAUUAAAAAAUAUGAAAAUAAGCUCAUCAAAUCCAUCAACCAUCUACAAGACAUCCUGAUGAAAUUCCAGGCGCCAAACAUGAAAGCCAUAGAAAAAUUAGAGCUGGCCCAGGGUAAAUUGCAAUCAACCAACGAGGAAUUUGAAGCUUUGAGAAAGCAAAACAAAAAAGCAAAGGCAGCGUUUGAAAAGAUAAAGCAACAGCGCUACGACAGAUUUAACAGAUGUUUCGAUCACGUUUCUAAUGAGAUCGAUAAUAUUUACAAGUCACUGGCCCAAAAUCAAUCCGCCCAAGCCUUUUUAGGUGCCGAAAAUCCCGAAGAACCGUACUUGGAUGGCAUCAAUUACAAUUGUGUGGCCCCUGGAAAACGUUUCCAGCCAAUGUCCAACUUAUCUGGUGGUGAAAAAACUGUGGCAGCUUUGGCUUUAUUGUUUGCCAUCCAUAGUUAUCAACCGGCCCCGUUCUUCGUGUUGGACGAAGUAGACGCGGCCUUGGACAAUACAAAUAUUGGAAAGGUGGCCAAAUACAUAACUGAAAAAACCGAUUCCCUUCAAACAAUAGUAAUUUCACUCAAGGAGGAGUUCUACUCCCAUGCUGAUGCCCUGAUUGGAAUUUGCCCAGAGCCGUCAGAUUGUCUCGAAAGUCAAGUCAUCAUUUGCGACCUCAACAAAUAUGAAAAUGUUGGAUAGCAGAAGGCCAAGAUUAAAAGGAAAAAGAAAUAAUUUUAAGUAUGUGUAGUUAGUUCUUUUAUUUAAUGUUUUGACAAUAUAUUUUUUAAAGAUGUUAACAUCUAAAUGUAUUUAAUUGUACGUUAAUUUUAAAAUCAAUAAAACUUUUCAGAUUCUUA